GGGCGAGGGGUGGUCCCAAGUGACGUCAGCCUUGGUUACGGCCGAGCGUCGCUGCGUAGCAACCAGGAGUAAAAUGGCAGGGUUGGUUCUCUGUGAGCCCACAGAGCUUUACAACAUCUUGAACCAGUCCACGAAGCUCUCCAGGUUAACUGAGCCUAACUAUCUCUGUUUACUGGAUGCCCGUACAAAGCGUGAGUACAAUGAAAGCCAUGUGAUUACAGCAAGAAGGGUUAAACAGAAUCCUAUGGGGGAUUAUCUGGUACCUGACUCAGUUGAGCUGGAGUGUGUCAAAUAUUGUGUCGUGUAUGAUGGCAAAACCAGCUCUUUGGAUGAUAUCUAUUAUGAUGAUUACGAAGAGAAGAAGGAGGAUGAAAAAGGGACUAAAGCUGCCUCAGAGAUCGCAGGAGAUGAAUCCAGUUCUUCGUGUUCACAAAAUGCUGAGGUAGGGGCUGCCAUCCAGUGUGCCAGAGUCUUAGAGCAGUUCACCCGCCACCCAGUCCGCAUCCUGAAAGGAGGGUAUGAGCGCUUCACUGCGUGCUACCAUUUCUUGAGGACUCAGAAGAUAUUCUGGAUGCCUCAGGAACUGGAUGCUUUUCAGCCCUACCCUGUAGAGAUAUUGCCGGCUCAGUUAUAUAUGGGAAAUUGCAGGCAGGCCUGUGACCCACAGAUUCAGAAGGAUCUGAAAAUCAAAGCACAAGUCAACAUCUCAGAGGAGAUUGCAACACUUUUCACAGAUGAAAGCAAAACACUUCUUCAUGUUUCUGUGGCAGAUUCUCCCGAUGCAGAUCUUUUUUCCUUUUUCCCCACCAUUUGUCACUUCAUAGAGGGCUUGGAAAUACAUCCAGAAAUGCAAAACAAACAUGAGACCAAACCGUGGCUUUGUGCAACAGCUGUCCGAUUGGGAAAGCCAAAUCUAUGGGUCAGCGAUCACAGAUAUCUCCGAACCACAUUACUGACAGGCAGCAAGGAGAACAUCCAACAGGCAAAGCAGCCUUUCCGUCUGUACCACAGUUUAACUUGGGCUGUAUUGUUUAGAAUAGCAAGAAGAUGGACCCCUGAAGGCAAGCGAAAACGAGGCCGUCCGAAAACAGCACAGCAAAGAGCUAUGAAAGCACAGCUGGGGAACCAUUGAAAGCCUUGCCAGAAACAGACAGGAGUGGGGGAGCUUCGUCGCUGCCCUUAACACCAGGGGUGUAAUGGGAACAUGAUGACGAUGAAGUUCAGUACCAUCUAUCUCCUCUUUAACGUUGUAAAUUCCACACAUUAGCAGCACAGCAUAAGAGCUGAUAGAAAAUGUUACUUACACCAAAUUUUGACCUCCCUACCCUGACAGUUAUAUUAUGUCCUUCAUUUUAAAUCUUCAUCCUCGAGCUGAACCUUCAAAGGUUUUUUGACAGGUUUGUACCAAAACAUUAUUACAGCCUCAAUAACUCUAGCCUGGGACAGAAUUACUCAACCUUGACAUUCUUGCUAAUGAAUUGAGACAACUAACUACUUCUGAGUGCUGACAUGUGUAUGCUUUGUGGAAGUUGGAUGAGCAGAACUAAACACUGGUGCUGUAAAUUGCAAUCAGAGGUAGAUUUUCUGUACUAAUGUCUUUUCACUGCAGUGAGAGCUAUAAAUGGGUCUAUCCGUUUUGUA